GAUAUCUUUUCCCUGCAAGUCGAGAGAAUGUGGGGUGGACGCUUUGGAUCCAUCUGCAAGGCAACGUUGUUGGCCACAGUGCUCUCUACGCUGUUGCUCAACCCUGUCGACGCUGAGGAAGAGGGAUGCCGGUGCAAACGGACCAUGAAAGGCCGUGAACAUCUGCAUCCAAAGGUGCACCCGUUGCCUACCAUGUCGCUGGACGAAGUGCAGGAGCUCGAGCAGCUCCCUAAGCAUUUAGACUGGUGCGAGCGUGGCUUCUGCGUCCCGAGUUGGAACCAGCACAUCCCGCAGUACUGUGGCUCGUGCUUUGCUCACGGUGCCAUGUCGAGCGCCCAAGACCGUAUCAAGAUCGCCAACACGCGGCGUAAAUACACCGGAGCAGACGUGAUGUUGGGGCGUCAGAGUUUCCUCAACUGUGCACCGGGUCACGGACUGUCCGCCGGCUGUGACGGCGGAGAAGCGUCUGACGUGUACGAGUUCAUGCGCCUCUAUGGACUGCCGGACGAGUCCUGCCUGCCAUACAACGCAACGGAUCACACUAAAUUCCAUGGCACCAAUGGCACAUGCCCACCGCACGGAUACUGCAUGAACUGCAUGUACACACCGGAGAGUAAAAAGGUGCCACAGUGUUUUCCUGUAACCAAAAUGGUACGCUACCGGGCCAAAAGCCACGGCCACUUGUCGGGUGAACUUGCGAUGAUGAAGGAGAUCAUGAAAGACGGCCCCAUCACGUGUGGCGUUGCGUGUAGUGACGAGUUUACCUUCAAGUACAAGGCUGGCAUUAUCGACGACAAGACGGGGUUUAUGGAUAUUGACCACGACGUGGAAAUUGUCGGCUGGGGCGAAGAGGAUGGCGUGAAAUACUGGCACGUCCGCAACUCGUGGGGAACGUAUUGGGGUAUGAAUGGGUUCUUCAAGAUCGUGCGAGGCAAGAACAACUUGGGCAUUGAGGCGGACUGCGCGUAUAUGAUGCCGGAUAUCAGCGACGAAGAGCUCGUGUGGGAGGAGAAGUCUGUAUACGGAGGGUCUAUCUUCGGCAUCGUCCCAUUCAAGGACUCCGCAAAAGAUCACCCGAUUAAAGACACUUCAGAGGACAUUACAAGCCCCGAGGAAAGGCUGGCUGCUCAUUACUUGCCGGAGACGGAAUCUUACGCAACGGAACCCAAAACUCACCACGAGGACAACUCGUUCGCAGCACUUGCCAUCAUGUUCUUCGUGUCGGGCUGUGUCUGCGCGGCCCUUACUGCACUGAUCGUUCUCAAGUUCCGUGGCCACCGCUACGUGUAUCGGACGAUCCCGUGAUCGAGUUCGUUGUGAACGUUGAGCGUUGUGGCUUACAUGUAUCACAAUAAUUUCAUUUCGUAGACAUCAAAAUCAAGGAAAGUUCUCAUACCUAAAUUGCACGAAUGCUUUGAAGUAAGUGACGAAGCCCAUCAUGACUUUGAAUGUUUGUUUUGUUCCGCCCCCUAUACGUAGGACAUAAUAUAUCCGAUAAUAUUAUUAUCCACAGCCG